CGAGCUGGCCCAGAGACCACUGGACCUCCUCUUUCUUCCUAAAUGUUGCUACUUAGAAUAUCUCAGUCUCUUCUUGGAAACUCCCUCACUGAAGUCUUCCAUGAAAGAGCUGACCAUGAUACUCAAUCUCCUCAUAUUUUGGAUUCUGGCUGCAUUAUGAUGAAUGACACUUUGACAUCAGAUGUCAUUGGUCGACGAGUUGCAGUUAAUGGAGAACAUGCAACAGUGCGUUUUUCUGGUAUUGUCCCUCCUGUGGCAGGACUCUGGUUAGGAGUAGAAUGGGACAAUCCCGAGAGAGGAAAGCAUGAUGGAAGCCACGAGGGGACUGUGUAUUUUAAAUGCAGGCACCCAACAGGAGGAUCCUUUAUUCGUCCCAACAAAGUAAAUUUUGGAGUGGACUUUCUCACUGCAGUGAAGAAUCGCUAUGUGUUAGAAGAUGGACCAGAGGAGGAUGUAAAAGAGCAAAUCGUUCUAAUUGGAAAUAAACCCGUGGAAACUAUUGGGUUUGACUCUAUUAUAAAACAGCAAAGUCAGCUGAGCAAGUUGCAAGAAAUUUCUCUGAGGAACUGUGCAGUGAAUUGUGCUGGUGACAGAGGAACAAUUGCCAAAGCAUGUCCUAAUAUCAGAAAAGCAGAUUUGUCAAGAAACCUGUUGUCCUCGUGGGAUGAAGUCCUAGAUAUUGCUGAUCAGCUCAAACACCUGGAAGUUCUUAAUCUCAGUGAGAAUAAACUCCGCUUUCCCUCGGGUUCACCGUCUCGAACCGGAACAUUUCCUGCACUGAAGGUUUUAGUCCUUAACCGAACAGGAAUAACAUGGGCAGAGGUGCUCCGGUGUGCCUCUGGAUGGCCAGUCCUUAAGGAGCUGUACCUCAAGUCCAACGAUCUUUUCAUUUCAGAAAGGCCGGCUGAUGUUCUACAGACAGUCAAAUUAUUAGACCUUUCCUCUAAUCAAUUAAUUGAUGAAAAUCAGCUGCUUCUAAUAGCCUAUCUGCCCAGAUUAGAACAACUAAUCCUUUCUGACAUUGGAAUUUCUUCUAUACAUUUUCCGGAUGCUGGACCUGGGCACAAAACAUCCAUGUUUCCUUCCUUGCAGUACCUUGUAGUAAAUGACAAUCAGAUAUCACAAUGGCCAUUUAUCAACGAGCUGGAUAAGCUACAGAGUCUGCACGCUCUGUCCUGCAUCAGAAACCCCCUGACCGAAGGGAGCAAGGAAGCAAAGACCACGCGUCAGCUCAUCAUCGCCAAAAUCGGUCAGUUGAAGACCCUGAACAAAUGCGAGAUUCUGCCGGAGGAGAGGCGGGGGGCUGAGCUUGAUUACCGGAAGGCAUUCGGAAAUGAAUGGAAGAAGGCCGGCGGACAUCAGGAUCCAGACAAAAACCGACCCCAUGAGGAGUUUCUCGAAGCGCAUCCCAGAUACCAGCUGCUGUGCCUUAAAUAUGGUGCGCCUGAAGACGGGGAACUCCAAACACAACAACCAUUUCUGCUCAAAAACCGGCUACUGACACUGAAGAUAAAAUACCCUAAUCAAGUUGAUCAGAGAGUCCUAGAGAAACAACUGCCAGACUCCAUGACAAUUCAGAAGGUGAAGGGACUGCUGGCCCGUCUCCUCAAAGUUCCUGUGUCGGAACUUCUGCUGUCCUAUGAAAGCCCCAAAAUGCCUGGCAGAGAGAUUGAACUAGAAAAUGACCAGCAGUCAUUACAGUUUUAUUCUGUGGAAAGUGGAGAUUGUCUAUUGGUGCGAUGGUAACAGUGAACUAAGAAAGUUCGGGGACUGCACUGUUUAUCCUGACUCGGGGCAGGGGGGGUACCGGAAAUAAAGGAUUUAUUGGAACAGUUCUGUUAGAAAAAGAGAGAGGUUUUACACCUUGCCCUAAGUAUAGAAAAGGUGGUAUUUUUCAUUGGGAAGAGACCAUUUCUAGGCUUGUAUAUAACAAUAGUAAUAAAGGCUUUGCACCUACUAAUGAUUUUCUGAUUUUAUUUCAUAUUUAUAGUUCAUGACUAUACAUUUCAGUAUGUGGAGAUUUAAAUAUUAAAUAGAACCUAGCUAGUCUAAUGAGAUCUGAACAUAAUGUCGGUCAUAGGACCAGUUUUAGUGGAACUCUAUGGAUACUACUAGUUUUAAAAGGUUUGAUUUGGAUAGUCAUUUUGGGAAAUGUCCCUUAAACUUAGGGAGCCGCCUCUUCUAUGUGUAACGUAUGCUAUGAUCUCUUCCCUCCGUCACACUGUUUUUAGAGUACUUACAAAAAUACAUUAUAUGCUUUUCCCUACAGUUGUACCUAAGCUGGGCAUAUAUUCUUCUACAGAAGAUUUCCAUCUCUGAUCAGAAUUCAGUUAGGUUAGGUAAACAUUACACAAAGACAGGAGGAAAGAAAAAAUUCAUUCUAAGUGCCCACUAUUUAGCUGUAUCCUUUCCCUACGUCACUAAAACCCUGAGAGGUAUUCGAUUUACAGCCACAGAAUUUUAGCUUUUUUUUAAUAGUACUAGACUGUGACCUUCAGGAUCUAUGUUAAAUGGCAAAAGAAAACUGGAAUUAGCUCACUUAAUAAAUAAGUGAACUUUAAAACCAAGGUCCAGAACUGAGAAUUAUAUAUAAGGGUUCCUUUUCCAGUUGCCCACUUCAUUCAGACAUUUCCAUUCCCAAACUUUGGUAUAAGUGACCACACAGCAUUCUGUGAGUUGUUUUUGGCCCUUAAUUUUCCUAAUUAUGCCUUACAGGGCCAUUCCGUAAUCCAGGCUGGAAUUCACAUUCUUGGCUGCUAAGAUUUCUGAACGAGGCCAAUUUUAACCAAAAGUGAUAGGUAAUGAAUUAUAAACUAGAAAUGAUACAUCAGGUUUUAGAAAUGUUUAUAAAACAGUUUGGUGUUUUUCAAAGUCUUGCAAUAUAGAAAUAAAAUUUUUGUUAUGUACAGGAUCAGCUGAGUUUUAAAAAGGACAUUCUGUGCAAACAUUUAGAAAGAUCACGUUGGUUACAGGUAAAAAGUGCCAACCGAGCACUAUCCCGGGCCGCCAGGCGUCUGCUGCCCCACCGCGGGCUCUCGGGGGACUCCGCUCAGCGGCCGCUCCCGCAGCGCGGCCGGUUAAAACCCUCCCGCGGCUGCCUCGCACCGGCAAGGAUCCCCGCACCGCUCCUUCAGCUGCCACAGCUGCGUCAGCUCCUGCGGCGAGUACUGCGGGGAGGACAGCAUGCCCGGCUCACACGUCUUCUCACACAGCCACAGGCCGUCCUGGCGACAAACCACACACAAGUGACUCGGGAGCCGUGGGGCCGAGCCCGUGGGUUCCGGGGGGGUGCGCGGCAGGCGGCAGAGGGACUUCUGUGACCAGGAAGCCCGGGCAGCACACACGGAGCUCCCUGCGGCUGUCCCCGCCGAGGCGUCUGACAUUCUGGGGGCCGCACCAAGUAUUAGCUAAUUCUCCAGAAACCCGGCGAGGGAGGACCCCUUUCCCUUUCCCAGACGACAAGCUGAGAGUGAAGGGCCCUGCCCAGGGUUGCAGUGAGGUUGGCAAAGGGAAGCCGAUGUGGGUGAGGUGAACCCGAGGGACCAAAACGGACUCAGCCUGAGUCCCGAGCACCAGCCUCCUUCGGAGACAGAACACAGAGCCAGAGAAGCCCGCUCGGUCUGAGAACACACCGAUGCUGCGUACUGUCAAACGCGCCUUGUUAAAGCGUGGCUGAGCCGGUGGCAAAGGAGAAGACCCUGGGGCAAAGGGGCCGGGCUCAGCACGUGCCCUGAAGGCUCCGCGGGGUUUGAAAAGGCCACGUCCAGCGACAGGGAGACUCAGAGCCAGGGCCCCUGAGGUGCCAGACAGACCUGGGGGAGAGGGAGGAGGAGUGAGUGUGUGUGUGUGUGUGUGUGUGUGUGUUUGUGUAAUUCAGAAAACAGAACCUGCGACUCAGCCUUGACCCUGGGUGCGAUGGAAAGGGGUCUGCCCUGAGCAUCUGGAAGCCCAGCCUGCACUUAGCUGGGUAUAUGGCAGGAGUCACGUUCUCCAACAAUGCAGUCAGAGAUGGGAAUGCCCUUCGGUGCAAGGCACACACAACAUAAAUCCUCUUCGCAAGAAUGCAUUUUAGGGGCGCCUGUGUGGCUCAGUUGGUUAAGCGACUGCCUUCGGCUCGGGUCAUGAUCCCGGGGUCCUGGGAUCGAGCCCCACAUCAGGCUCCCUGCUCCGCGGGAGGCCUGCUUCUCCCUCUCCCACUCCCCCUGCUUGUGUUCCCUCUCUCGCUGUGUCUCUCUCUGUCAAAUAAAUAAAUAAAAAUCUUUAAAAAAAAAAAAGAAUGCAUUUUAAAUGCCUCCAUUUCCAAGGAA